AAAGGUCGGUCAGUUGGACUAUGGACUUGAGUCGUGGCACCUGGGCUGGAGACGAACGAAGUACAAGGCGUUCACAAAAACAACAAUUUAUUUUCCAAAUCCAGAAAUGUCGUCCAUGAUUUGUUUGGAGUUGGACCUGAACAAGGUCCUGAGUCGUGAGGCCGCGUUGGACAGACCCACCAGGAGGCUGAGUCAGCAGCUGAAGGAUGCCAUCGAUGUCUGUGUGCACUGUGAAACUCACAAAGAGACAGCUUAUGGUGGUGUAAGACCAGACAAAAAAAUCAGAGAAAGUAGAAAAAAGGACCUGGCCGACCACUUCAGCAGCCUGUCUCUCAGCCUGAAGAAAAAUGAGAACUUUGUGACAGCAGCCAGUGUGGCUCUGGUGUAUGCUGCCAUGACCAACUGUCUGCACUGUGCUGAAAUCCUCCUCAAGCAUGGAGCCAAGACAGCUUUCCAUGAUCCAGAUGUGUAUGGGACAGCUAUGUACCAGGCAGUUGUUGCAGAUCACCCUGAGAUGUUGAAGCUGCUCAUCCAGCAUGGUGCCAAAGUGAAUGCCAACUGUACUGUUUUUGGGACCAAGCCGCUCCAUGAAGCCACCACAAAGUACAACAACAGCUGUAUCCAGGUGCUGGUGGAUGCAGGUGCAGAUGUCAACGGCAGGAGAUCAUCCGAUGGCUUCAGUGUCCUCACCCAUGCACUCCUGCAGACAGAGGAUGACAAUGGUAGAAGGGCUUUUAGGAACUUUAACAACAUCAGAACCCUCCUGAAAAAUGGUGCCAACCUCUCACUGAAGCUGGCAAACCACAGUCUGCAUGAGAGCCUUCUGCAAUGUGUUCAGAAGGAAUAUCAUCAGCGUGACCAGAUAGAAAUGAGUAGCCUGCUUAUGACACUUAAGAUGCUGUUUGAUGAUGGGUACAAGCCUAAACUGUCAGAGUUUGUUCAUUGUAUUUCCACUCUAAGCAAUGUUGAAGGGGAAGUUGUUGAGGCGGUUAAAUUCUUCAUGGGGCAGUUUACAAUCAAUGUGUUAGAUGUGGUUCAUUUUGAUGUGUUCAUGAGCUGGGUGCUGGAAAAUAUUUGUGAGGCGUACACAGAUAGAGAGAAGGUAAACCUCUGCCUGUGCAACCUGCGAGAGCUCAGGAAGUGCUUCACCCUCCUCACCAGGGCAAUAGUGAUCUACCCCAGCAGUCUGGAGGCAAGGCUUUUCAGGGAAAAGGCUCAUAUCUUCCAGUACAAAGCAGAGCUACUGAUGGAGAUAACCGAGUCUCCCCCACACCACUCAGACCUGCUGGUCAAGUAUGUGGACACCAUGAAGUGGAUCGAGGAGCAGGUAACUGUUCUCCCCUCUCUGAAGAACCUGAGCCGGUGUGUGUUAAGGAAGGCUCUUGGCACACCUGGCCUGUCUCAGAAGCUGGAGCAGGUAGAGCUCCCCAAGGAGUUAGUGAGUUUUACACUGUUGGAAGAUAUCUAGGCAGUACAUUUUGUAUUACACCUGUGUAUGAUAUACAACAGCUAACAAUUCUCCUUCUCUGGAGACAAUGCAUUGCAGUUAAAAAUGAGAAUGAUUGUUUUUGUUUUUUGAUCUGGAGGUACUAAAGUUGGAAACUACUACAAAUGUAUUCCCAAUGUGCCUUAAGAAGAAGGUAAUGCAAAGAUGACAUUCAAAGACACAUUGUAUAUCCAUGUCAAGAAUGUGCUCUGCUGUUAUGAUUCCUUUAGAAAAGCAAUGGCAUUAAAAUCAUGUAGCAUAUAAACUUCCUGCUUUGCUUACAAGAUAGUCUGAUAGAACUGUCCUCACUGUACAAAAAGUUACAAAAAUAGCCUUGUCUUAAAAUUUACUGAAAUGUGAAGAAAAUGUUUCUAUAUUAUGUAAAUAUAUAUUGUUUAUUUUGAAGUACUAAUAUUGUAUAUGAUUGUUGCUCAGCUAUGACCAUGAAACAAAUGUCCAGAUAAAAACAGCAAACAUUUGUUACUGAUAUUGCCUGUUGUUAUUUAUCACAUUCAACCUCCUUGGUUAUCAACAAUUCCAUCAAUGUGACGUUACAUUUGUAUUCUCAAACUAUUUUUGGCAAGGAAGAUGCAAGGAAGAUGAAUGUUAAUUCAGUUCAUUUCUAAUGUUACUCUUAAGGAAUAGUGUUGAUGGUGAUAGAAAUACUGUCAAGUCAUUCUAGUUGUGUUUUCAAUCUGUGUCAAUCGUAGGAGAACCUCAGCUAUUGGUAACGUUAUAUGUACCAAACAGGGCUGAUGGAAUGAUGGAAUAGAUGCACAGAAAUGUGCCUGAACACACAGCGCUCUCUGUCAUCUUUGUGCAGUACUGCAGCCCGAAUUGGCAUCCGAGGUCAAAGUUGAAACGUUACUAUUUACCCAGGGAAUGGGUAAACACUCGCCAUUAGGGCAAUGGUAGAGUAUAUUCUGACGACUAUGUAGCGUUUUGGUUAAAGUUAUAUAUACUCGACAACCUGAGGAGGAAACUGACGAACAUCGGUGGCUAAUGUUAACGUGCGACGGUGACCGAUAUGACCGGACGGACUUCAGCUGCGCCCUGCCACGUCGCCCCCCACCCCUUUCUGUAUGUUGAAGUGGUCUUCGAACCAGUUGUUGCUGUCACCUUCUGAUGUUAACUUUUUUAGAAACAGGAGAAGAAUUUAUGCUUUUACAGCUAAAAGCUAAUAUCGUUACUUGGUGCUGAAAGUUCGAACAGCUGCUUUCACAUCAACGCAUGUAGCCUGCAAAAGAAAACCAGGCUGGAUUUGGCAAAAACCAGACAUUAUAAAUAUGGCAUUACCAACUUUUUUAUGAUUUAAAGAUAGUAGCUGACAUGUCGGAAGGCCACGGUUUGUUUGUAGGAAACCUUAAUCGAUCCCGAAGCAAAGAGGAACUCAGACAUGGUCUGACAUGUCUGAUGACAAGUCUCGGCUUCAGUGAAGUAACAGAAGAAGAUGUGGAAGUGAGAAAGAAACACCAAAGGGCUUAUGGCUUCAUCUACUUCCAGCAUGCAGCAGAGCAAACGCAGGCACUUAGAAGUCUAUCAUUGCUUUCUGAAAAUAGUUUGAUUUUGAUUUCCCAACUUCAAAUAGUAGCAGAGAAUAAACGCCUUAAAGUCAACUUGAAGAAAGACCAACAUGGAGAGCACUCUGUGGGAAUGGGAAGACAAUGGAAGCAAGCACAUAAUUUGGAGCAGCAUCAGAUAGCAGCUCAUAAAAGUAGAACAAAUUAUCCCUCGUCAAAUGUUCAGUGCAAUAGCCAACCCCC